GUGAUAAUGUUUCUGUACCACAGAUUUUAAUGUUCCUGUAUUGCUGUUAUAUUUCUGCUCUCACAACAUUGUUUUCUUCUAUCCUUGCAGGUUAUGUGAGUAGUGUCACAAAGAGGUGUUUGUAGAAUAGUGAUAAGUUUCCCAGUGGCAUUCAGAUGUUGUUCCUAUUUAUCUCUCUUACGAAAGUUGCAAACAGACACUGUGCCUGUCGAAGGACGUGAGACAGCUGUUUCUAUUAAUAACCUCUACCCCUCUUACCCUACCACGCGACCCCCAUGCCUCACCACAGCAAGCCUAGGUCUAGACAAAUGCACAACACCCAGGCAGACAUCAACAGAGGAAAUCAACAAAGCAGCAACCACAGAGGAGGCCAGACACUGACACGCAUAGCUGUUUGACUGCAGCUCUCAUCAACAACCAACAGAACUGUUGGUACGAGAGAGAAAACCAGGGGAUAAAACCUAAAAAACAUGAAGUCACUGCAAUUUCUUGCUGCUGAGAGCUUUGUCCAGAGCGGUCCAAGUGCUCUGGAGAACCUCAACUGUGUGUCUUUUAACCUCUACCCAAUUCUCUUCAAGGCCUGCUACCUCCAUGAGCAGGCAGACUUGCUGCAUGUUUUGGUCCAGGCAUGGCCUCUUCAUGUGCUUGACAUACAGAGGCUCCUGGGAGAAACAGUCGACUGUCAGAUGGACCUGACCUCCCGCACCUGCCGGCUUUGUCUGGAGGCAAUUCUAACUGGCUUAAAGGAUUAUGUGUUGUCUCCUCCAAGAACCUACGCCAAGAGCCUGCAUGUGGUGGACCUGACUGCCCUGAAGGAUAUCGAGCACCAGCCCUGCCCCUGCCAGUCAACCCUGGGCCGAUGGGGAAGAACCCAGCUCCUGACCCAAAUGUGCUACGAGACCACGGUGGCCAUGCAAGCCAGCGAUGUGUCCCGAUCUCCCGUUGAAAUAUCUAUUGAUGUCCGUUUGAAUGGCUUCGUCACAGGCCGCAACUAUGAGCUGGUGGCUCAGGCCUUCCUCCUCAAGCGCUACUGUCCACUGAAGCUUCGUUUUGUUAGUUUUCGGGCUGAUUCCCUCACUCUCAAGCAGCUGUUCUAUGUUCUUCGCCUAGCAGAACCUGAGUGCAUUUCAAAGCUCGAGGUAGUCCACAAUGUUCCCCUGGAGGCCCCACACUUGGAGGUGCUGCUGUCCAAGGUGGAAUUGCCCAAAUUACAGUCAUUGACCCUGCCGGCUGGGGCGUUGGAUGUUAGAAGGUUGGGCUCUGAUGAGAAUGAUGUGCUGUCCAUCAUCGGCAAUCUGCUGGCCCAACUGAGCAGCCUGACUGAGCUCUCUGUUGGUUUCUCCACUCUGACUGGACACCUACGCAGAUUGCUUAAUCCUCUCAACACUCCACUGCAGUACUUGGAGUUGGCCAAUUGCUGCCUCAACCGUUUGGACAUGACGUACCUGUCCAACAGCCUCCACAGUGAGUUCCUGGUUUGUCUGGACAUCAGCGGACAUGACAUCUUCAGCUCUUUCUCCUCCUGUUUCCACAGACUGCUCAGCCGCUCCUCAGCCACAUUGGUCAGCCUGGCCAUUGAAGAAUGUAACAUAGAGGAUGAGCACAUGGACGCCUUCACUAAUGCUCUGGCUUGCUGUCAGGUGCUGGAAGAGCUCAAAUUCGUGGGAAACCCUCUGACCUCUGCAGCCCUGCGCAGGCUAUUCUCCAUGCUAUCUGCAGGCUUUCCUAAGUUAAAAUACAUAGAGGUACCCGUUCCCCGUGAGUGCUACUCUGAGGAUGUCACUUAUCCUCUUGAUGAUUCAGACCUACUGCUGUACAACAAGGAGUUGUUUCAGGAGGUCAGAGGCCAGCUGAUGGGGAUCCUGGAAGGAGCUGGUAGAGGAAGUGUGGAGGUGUGCACACCACUCUCUGGGGCCUAUGACCCAGACCUUAAUGAAACCAGCAAUGAGCUGGGAGUGUCCAUGUUAAAAUCUUUUAACAAUGUCAUCGGGAACUUUAUAGUUAGCAUAACUGACGUGGACAGUAGAAGAUCACAGGCUCAGGAAGAUAACUAAUGGGGUUGCCUGGAGUGAUCCACUAAAUGGACUGACAGAAAAAGGUCAUGAUCUCAGAUUGUUUACACAAAUCUAUACAUUUGUGUAAAGCAGACCUGAAUCUUCAAACUUUACAGAAAUGUUCUUGCUUUGUUGACAAUGAAUGACCCCUGCAGACCAUUUUUCUUUUAAAGGCUGCGUUCUUAGACUAUACUAAAUGAUAUAUAU